AUGCGUCUGAUAACGCACAACCUGUUGAUGUGCAACAGGCCCCGCUGCAGCGGAGGCUAUCCCCUGCGGGUGUGCGCCUCGAUGGAAGAUGGCUCCACGAAGGUGGAGCCGCAGGAGCUGAACCCCGAGUUCAUCAGGAAGAUGCUGCAGCGCAUGGAUUACGGCGUCCUGGUGGAGGCCGCACGUUCGCUCGGCACGAACCUGCCGGAGAGCUACAGCGACGCCGACCUGGAGUCUGAGGAGUUCAUCGCACUGGUACACCGCUGCAUCCUGGAGACACACGUCCUCAAGGGCACGCUCACCUGCCCCAAAUGCGAGCGGGUCUACGACAUAAACAACGGUAAGCGAGCAGCGAAGCUUGUCGACCGCGUUCAGGGAUCCCAGAUAUGCUCCACUGCGAGGGUGGCGAGUAGACACGGCCCGUCACUCGGUUGCGGGAGUGACCUCCCGGUCGCCCAUUCUCGCCUCGUAUCAGACUCAGUAUAA